UCUCAGUAAAGGUACAGGUGGGUUGGUACUCUCGCACACUCUUGCCCAAUCCGGCCUCUGCUGCCAGUUAAGCUCGAGUGUCCUGCUUUCACGUCCUCACUCCACACAAACUCAGCAGGGAAGAGGGACAGAGCAGAUCUCAGGACAGCAGCAUGAACUCAAGCACGGCACAAUACUCCAACAUCCAACACUGUAACAAUGACCUCAGCGUUUGCACCGAUGAUGGCUGCUACUCCAAGAAGAGACGCUACGUGCGCAAAGACGGCAGUUGCAACAUGAUCUUCCGGCAUGUUCCUGGAGAAUGGCUCCUGUAUGUAACAGACAUCUUCACCACCCUGGUAGAGAUCCGCUGGAGGGUCAUGUUUCUCACCUUUGCCCUUUCCUAUAUCCUGUCCUGGCUGUUUUUUGGGAUCCUCUUCUGGAUCAUCGCACUUGCCCAUGGUGACGUAAAGGAUCCAACGAACGAGCCGUGCGUCUAUGAGGUGCGGAGCUUCACGGCAGCCUUCCUCUUCUCUCUGGAGACACAGACGACCAUUGGCUACGGUGCACGUGGCAUGUCCGAGAACUGCAUGCUGGCCAUAAUCAUUGUGACCAUCCAGGACAUCAUAAGCGUCUUCAUCGACACUUUCAUAAUCGGGAUUGUCAUAGCCAAGAUGGCAUCAGCCCGGAAGAGAGCGCAGACGGUGGGAUUCAGCAACACUGCGGUGAUUAACCUGCGCAAUGGACAUCUGUGCCUGUCAUGGCGGGUGGGCGACUUCCGUCGAAACCACAUCGUAGAGGGGACUGCGCAUGCGCAGCUAGUUCGACAGAUAGCACACAUGACUGGCAAAGUUGACAUAUCCUACCAUGACCUAGAAAUCCAAAAUAACCACGUCAUUUUGGCCACGCCAACCACCAUUGUCCAUAAAAUUGGUCCCAGCAGCCCUAUGUAUAAGACAAGCCUGCAAGAUCUGCGGAGAGACAGCUUUGAGCUAGUGGUGUCGUUCACCUACACAGAUGACUGCACUGGGAUUCUCCACCAGACACGCACCUCCUACACCCCCAGCGAAAUCCUCUGGGGCCAGCAGUUUCAGGAGAUGCUGAGAGUUAACCGAAAACACUACAGAGUGGACUAUGCCCUGUUUCACCAGACCAUUAAAGUCCCACUGCUGGAAAUUAGCGCAGAGGAGUACGAACUAAAGAAGCAUUCUGCUUGUCCUAAACAUGAGCCACAAAACGCCAGUCCUUCUGAGGUGUCUCAGGAGUUGUGACUGGGAGAAAUCUUGGGUUGAAAGUGCACAAUAACUGGUAGUGUUCUUUAAAACGAUACAUUAUAGCAGUGACCCAGGAGGAUAAGCGACUUAGAUAAUGUGUGUAUGUGUGUGUAUAGCAGCGUAAUGUAUCUCUAGGACACUAUAGCACCUAGGGUAUAUGAAAGAAAGGCCAUGUGAGUCACUCUUGUAUAGUAGCAGUCACAAGAGGGCAUGAUCAGUAAAACCUAUCUGAAUCACUUUAAAGAGGCCUGUAGCUUUGUGCUUUACAUAUAAAUCUAAGAUAUUUCAAAUAUUUAGAAUAUUAUGCUCCAGCACUUGCAAUGUAAAUGCAUUACUCUGGAUGCCAUUAAGGAAUAACACCUACCCUAUAUAAGCACAUUCUAAUUAGCAAAGCACAUAUGAAUGUAAGUGGGAGUUCCCCACAUGUAGUGGUAGGCUUCUGAUCCUACAGAUAUUAGAAUACAUAUAUGGCAUAAGAACUAUGCUGGUAUUUCAGUGUGUAUGUGACUUGUAAAUGUAUGAAAUGUUUCUGACCAGUGCCCGCACUGCAGCCUUCUAAACAUGGCAGCUUUGAAAAAUGACCAAGACCAAGAAAAAGUGUCUUGAAAAUGAAGAUCAACCAUGUGUCUAGGAAAACUGACCCUGAAGAGCUGGACACAACAAUCUAAUAUAAUAAACAUGCAACAAAUAUGCCUGUUUUAUCCACCGUAGGGUUAAUUGCAUUUUCAGCACAUAAUUUAUAAUUGAAAUAAAUGUUAGCCUCAUGAUUUCAGUCUUAUUUGUAAGUUGUUUGUACAGUGAACAAGUAGCCUAAUGUGCCAGGGCAAACUCGGGACACUCAA